UUCAGUAACGGGACAGCAGCAGGUUAAUGCAUCAUUCAGCGCCGUGAAAGGAGCUCUAUGAACAAUAGAGUCAUUCCGUGCUUUAGAUAAUAAUAAUUGAAUUUUUUCCUAUGUGCUUUCCUUCUUAACGGGACGAAAAGUGAGAUUGUGUGAGAUUGAUUUAUAUUUAUUUUAAAAACAGAGUAGCUCCUCCAUCUGCCUCACAGCUUUUUGUCUGCGACCCUCAUGGCGAUCGCCUCUGUUGCCACAGAGUACGUGUUUUCGGACUUUUUGUUGAAGGAUGCUACAGAGAGAAAAUACAAAGGAGUCCGUCUGGAGCUGGCUGUGGAUAAAAUAGUCACGUUUCUAGCGGCGGGUCUGCCUUUGUUUCUCAUUUCGCUCGCCUUUGCUCAGGAGGUUUCUGUGGGGACUCAGAUCAGCUGCUUUGCUCCCACCAACUUUUCUAUGAGACAAGGGGCAUAUGUGGACUCUUUUUGUUGGGCUGCAGUGCAGGACCAGGGUGACAGUUCAACACUUUGGCUGCAUAAGUUCUACCCCUAUGUCCUUCUCCUCAUUGCCAUCCUGAUGUCGGUUCCUGCUGUGCUCUGGAGUUUCACUGCAGCUCCUCACCUGUCGUCUGACCUCAGCUUCAUUAUGGAGGAGUUGGAUCGAUUUUAUAACCGCACCAUAAAACUGGCCAAAAAUCUGGCAUCUUUAGAUGACAAGGAUGCAGCGCAGGGCAACCAGAGUGCUUUGGACCUGGCUGAGGGCUGCUUUAAAUACCCUCUUGUAGAACAGUACCUAAAGACCAAGCGCACCUCCUGCAGCCUUGUGGUCAAAUACAUGGCAUGUCGGGGCCUGACACUGCUCAUCCUCCUGCUGGCGUGCCUCUACCUCGGUUACUACAUCUUUGUGGCUUCGCUCACUGACGAGUUUCCCUGCGACCUGCGGACAGGUGUGCUGAAGAACGACAGCGGGGUGCCAUCUGCCGUUCAGUGCAAGCUGGUAGCAGUGGGCAUCUUCCGGCUGCUCAGCUACAUCAACCUGAGCGUGUACGUACUUCUCGCUCCUCUGGUGGUGUACGCGGCUCUGGGACCGGGGCAACAGGGCUCUGGUUUUCUCCGACCCUAUGAGAUGCUACCUGGAUUCGGUGCCCUGGGUGAAGUUAAACCAGUCUACAAUGACCUCAGCAUCUACCUCCUGUUCCUUAAGGAGAACCUGAGUCAACUCAAGUCCUUCAAGUGUCUGCAGGUACUGGAGUUGUUGCAGCAGACUGGUGAUGAGGGCUUUGACACAAUGUGCCUGCUGCAAACGCUGGGUCAGGUGAAAACGGACAUGUUGGACAGCAACAAGAUGGGCUCCAACAAGAAUGUCAAUGAGACAAAUAUGCCUUAAGAGCCAUUCAAACUAAACUUUUGGUGGGCAAAAGUUUAGUUUUACAGAUUAGAUGGCUAAUGUCUGAAUAAUGAAGAUCAGGGGAAGAGAGGAAGUGGAAGGAGAACCUGUGCACUUAUUUUCAUUUAAGAUGCUGGAUAUGUAGAUUCAGAUCUUUGUAAUAAGGAUAGAAGUCACUGUAUAGGUAGUUUGAUCAAAAUAAACUUUUGCUCCCUUGCGGUAAUUUAAUACAAGAAUACAUAUGUUGAGUUUAAGUUACUACUGAUUUUGUAUGUUUCAUAAACUGAGUCUGGUGAUUCAAUUGAACUUUAGGUGCAGUUAUAUUUAUCAUUUAAUGGACAUAUUCUUUGUGCUUACAAAACUCUUAAACAAAGAUAAGGUCUCCAGGCAUAAGGAGCAGCACAGCGGAAGAUACUGUACACUUAUUUACAAGUUUUAUUUAUCUCUGUAUGGCUCUUGCUCCCUUGUACACCAGUUUUGGCAUAAAGCAUGAAAACCUGCAUGGGCAACAUAGCUUUAGAUGCUAAACAGACUGUUAAAAACAUGCUUUGAUUAGAUGUAGCUUGACAGAAGCAUUUUCUGUAUUUAGAAAGUUGUUAA